CGGCACGCUUGAUACACGCGUGUGGGACGCUCGCGUCCAACUUCUUCGUGAAUCUACGAGUUUUAAAACUUGUUUUAUAAAAUAUUUUAACUUGAAAGUUAUUGAACUGUACGUUAUUCAGUGACGAUUAACAUUAAGUUGACAAAUAAAGUGAUUAUUUCUCAUCGUAAAUAGUGUGUUGUUUAUUUUUUUCUGUGAAACUGCAACGUGUUUGGUUCAACGGACUACGGAGGAGAAGAAACGGGAAAAAUGACGUGGAAUUGAGGCGUUUGACUUUUAAAAACUUUUGGUGGUUAGUGUUUGUGAUUUGAUAAACUAUGUUUGAGGUGAAUUGUCGGACUAUGGAUGCCUUAGGAGUGGUCGUGAGAUGGUCCAUUCUCAUGCUGAUCGGCGUGAGUUGGCAUGUUAAUUCUCAAACAGUGCAACAGACAACUGAAGUGGACAAUUCAUAUAAUUUUUAUUAUGAACAGCCUUGCUGUUCUGGGACUGUUACGAAGAGCAAAUAUCACAUGCGACAUAGGCGAGAAACUCCGCUGACGUCUGACGCCAUUGUUGCCGAAAAGCAUCAAAAUUCUUCGCGUCUGGAAAAUUUUCAGCCUUUGUGCGGCGAAUGGCCGAACAUUGAAGCCUCACAAGUUACUUACUUAAUCUCUGCUCCGCCCCCUUUGUGUUCUAGUCAUCAAUACUUUUGGAAAUUGCACCUCGAGCAACUUGUGCGACUGGCGAGGGGUGGUAGCCGAAAAUAUUCGUAUUACAUCGUGGCGAUGUCGAAAACAAUGACUCGCAAGAAAGGGAUCAAAGAAAGUAAAGAAAGUGGAAUGCGCGCUCCAUUCCUGAAAAUAGAACUCAUGAAAGAACUCAUUAAAAGUCAAGUUGCAGCCUCUAGCACAUUCAACACGACCUUUAACAUUUUUGACACAAGAAACAAAGCCCACAUUUUCCAUUCGCGCUUUUCAUCUGACCUAGAACCUUUUUAUCAUACGAGAGUGGAGCGUUUCUCGGACUGUAGUGUCAAAACGGCUUUUUCUCUUAAAUCAAAGUGA